CGCGUGGACACCGACCCAGUGGAUCUACACUAGAAACAUGGCUGCGACCAGUCUAGUGGGCAUUUGUAGAAGAGCCUCGGCGUUCCUGAAGUCUGCUUGUUCCCUAGUAAAUCCCAAGCCCCCUGCUCACUCCGGUUGCAGGUCUUCUCUUCAUUUGUUGCACGAGAACACACCACAUGCCACAUCUUUUCUCCAGUGUAAAUUCCUUCAUACCACGUUGUCAAGGAAAGGACUAGAAGAAUUUUUUGAUGACCCAAAGAAUUGGGGGGAAGAAAAAGUCAAAUCUGGAGCCUCAUGGACCUGCCAGCAGCUGAGGAACAAAAGCAACGAAGACUUACAUAAGCUUUGGUAUGUCCUUCUGAAGGAGAGAAACAUGCUGCUAACUCUAGAGCAGGAGGCCAAGCGACAGAGAUUGCCAAUGCCAAGUCCAGAGCGGUUAGAGAAGGUUGUUGAUUCCAUGGAUGCUCUAGAUAAAGUUGUCCAGGAAAGAGAAGAUGCUUUAAGGCUUCUUCAGACCGGUCAAGAAAAACCCAGACCUGGUGCUUGGAGAAGGGACAUCUUUGGACGAGUCAUCUGGCACAAAUUCAAGCAAUGGCCUAUACCUUGGUACCUAAAUAAGAGAUACAACAGGAGGCGCUUCUUCGCCAUGCCCUACGUGGAUCGCUUUAUCAGACUGAGAAUCGAGAAACAUGCCCGCAUGGAAGCAAGAAAGAGAAGUUUACAGAAAAAGAAAGAAAAGAUUCUCCAGGCCAAGUUCCCACAUCUCUCUCAAGACCAGAAAUCAAGUACUGUCUAAGAUGAGAUCCAUUCCAUUGUUCUUAAAGCCUGUGUCCUGAUGGGAAUGUGUUGAACAGUUUAUAAAGAAAUGUUCUUGUCAAGUGACAUCAGUUGUUCUUGUGAGUAACACGACAUCUUCAUUAGCUCUAUAAGCAGUAUUCCUUCUACCAGAACCAGGCAGAGUGUAGGUUCAGUUUCCAUUUAACAGGUCCUGACAUCUAAGCAGCUUAAUGUCACCUGAUGUCUUGGUAUAAAUGGAAUGCUUGUUGCCAGAGCAGUGCCAGCAGCAGUCGGUUUGGAAAUGCUGUUUUCACCAGUAGUGUUAAACUGUGAUGGGGAGGGAGCUGAAGAGAGGGCUCAGUGCUUAAGAGCACUUGUUGCUCUUCCAGAGAAUCCAUCACAAAUAGGGAAGCUUAAAACCAUCUGCAAACUCCAGUCGUAGGGAACCAACACCCUCCUCUGGCUUGUGUGGACAUCAGGCACUAACUAGGGUGGUGCAGAUGGACAUGCAGGUGAUAUACCCAUGCAUAAUUUUGUUAGCAUGAAAAGGAUGUGGACACUGGUAGUGAAACAGCGAUUGCUUUCCCCCUUAUGGUAAAAGCAACACUGACAGCAAGUCACAAGAGACAAAUCCAGAACCUUUCUAGGACAGUAGUGAUUUUUAUUUAAUUUUUUAAGCCUAAGGUAAAAAGCAUAGGCAGUAACUUUUACUAGUCAAUAAAGAGUAAUUCCACCAACCCAAAGGAGAGCUGGAAAGUACUUACUGAAAGCAAAAUAUUUAGAGAAAAUAGACAUUCAUACAAAAUUAUAAAAUGCCUGUAAUAAGAAUAAGUACAUUUUAAGAAAAGCACAAACUCAUUUAAUUUAUAGAGCCAGUUAAAGCCUUAAAAAAUUUAAGUGGAAAUUGAAAUAUGCAAACA